GAAUCAGCAGCUCUCUCUACACCGGAGUCACUGACUUGGGUUGACGACGACGACGACGAAACUCGCCAGCAUUUCUCCUGCUACUCCUUACUGCUAUAUCUGUAACAGGAUAGAGGUUAAGAGAGGUAGCUCUACGUCGCAACAGGAAAGAAAUAGCAAGAGCGUCCAGUCACGAUGGAUCUAACUGCUUGUACAAUGACAACACACGGCCUAAUACCAGCAUCACUACAGCCUGCUCCUGGCUUGAAUGGUAGGACUGCCAUAUUAUGUCCAGCCAAGUCCGGUCCUUGGGAGACCAUUGUUACACAUAUUCCUCACCAUCCUCCUCCUCCCUGUAUCCUCUCCUCUCCUCCUCCUCCUCUACCCACUGAGAUACCCAAAGAGUCAAUCAUUGCUAAUACUGACUUCACUACAACAUCCCUAAUAGCUAAAAGGCGGUUAUCAAGUAAGAAGAGAAGACAGCAGCAGCAGCAGCAGCAGCUACAGUCUCAUGGCCUCUCUUCUCCAAAUAAGGAGUCACACAGCAGGCUAUCAGAUGAUACUUCAAACCGCUCUGUCACGACUACCAUACCAACGACCAGCCCUCCCUCCUCCCAUUCCUCUUCUACAUUGACUCAUCCUGUGCCCUCUUCAAUGAAUGGGAUCAGUACUUCACACGUAAUGGCUGUACCAGCUCCACAGUAUGUCCAUGUACCCAUUACUGCUUCAAUGGGCCUCCCUCAUAAUAACACAGUAUUACAAUUGCCACAUCAGUAUCAACUUGUCCAGCAACAAGACACAACUAAUAAACAGGUGUUGUAUUGUAAGAAUGUCAGUGAAGAUUCAUCAGUGAGUCAACAGCAGCCCCAAAGCCAAGCUAAUAAGUCAACAACUUCAAAAGACUUCAAAUGGUCUAACGCUCAUGUCUUCAUAGCCAAGAGGAUACAGGAACAUCAAAAACAACUCAGAUUACAAGAGCAGCAGAAGCUACAGCACCAGCAACACAUAGAGCAACAAAAGAUCCACCAACAACGGAUAGACCAACAAGCACUCCAUCACAUGCAACAACAACAACAACAAUUACUACAAUUACAGCAACAACAACAACAAUACGCCUUAUUACAUGUGUAUGGCUAUGGUCAUCACCCUACUCCAACAACUGCUAAUUUCAUUACUCUACCAGAUAUCCAUCAGCAGCAACCACUCUGUGUUAGUGGGCUACCACUAGUCCAGCCUCCUUCCUCUCAGGUUCUUGGGUUAGUCCCCCAGGGAUUAGGGCAUCAAACUGGAGGGAUGCCCCUUACCCUAGCCCCACCGACUGACCUACAGGCUUAUAUUGCCUCGCAGGGUAUGGGUGGGUCUUGGGUUGGACCCACUGUUCCAAUCGUAGGGUCUUGCGUCGUUAAUCCUUUACAACCUGCUGCUACUGGUCUAUUGGCAACCACCUCUUGGGUCAAGUAGUGAUAAUCAUUCGACUUGUAAUCUUCCUAUAGUGGAAUAAUUGUUUUUCAAUCAUCUUGCUAGUUUGGUAUAGACAGACACACGUGCACACCCCAUCCCACACACACAGUCACAUGUGAAAUUUAAAUGUUAUUUGUACUAUUUUCCAGUCCCAUCUUCCCCUUCUCUUGUUAACUGUUUCCUUUUGCAUUUAAACAAUAAUUUUUUCUCAGAUUUAUUCAGUUCCUCAUUAUUAUUAUUGUUAUGAUUAUCAUCAUUUUUGUUAUU